AAAAGAUGUAGGGUUUGAUGAAUGUUCCCUCUUUCUCUCUUUUCUAUCUUUCUGUGUCAGAAAGAUAGAAUAGCACAAAACAGCUUGAAUUUUUGUGCCUUAGUUUCAACAGCAAUUAUCAUGUCUUCUCCUUCUCUUAGUCUUCUCCAGAGUCAUAAUUAUACCCACACCGCCACCAACUCCACAAUAACCCACAAACCCUCAUCAUUAUUCUUUCCAACAACAAGAAAAAGAAAGAAAAAAAUUAUUUCUUGAGAGAAAAUAACAAAAAAAAUAAGCAGCUGGGUUUGUUUUUGCGUUACUAUUAGUUACCAUGUAUACUUGCAGCCAGCCCUAGCAGCUUUUAUACUUCUUUGUUCUUUUUUCUCUUCAAGAAAAAAACAAAGAAAGAAAAAGGAUCUCUCUUUCUUUUCUUUCCUUUUGGGGAAUCAGGCAUCUUGGUCCGAUGAUGAUGAUUUGCCAGAUCAAGCAAAUCACUCAACUUCUAUUUCUAUAUAUAUAUAUAUAUAUGUUCUUAUAUUUUUCUUUUUCUUUGUUCUUUGAGUGAGUGAGAGUUUGUGCAUUUGUACUUUUUCUGUAUUAGGUUUAUUUUCUCGAGGACUUGCUACGAGAGGUUAUUCUGUAGGAUGCAAGUUAACGUUUUAUGACUCUCCAAGCCAGUUCUUGUACCUUCGGCGCUAUCUCCUACUUCUUACUUCCACCUAAAACCCCCCGUCUCCGCCGUAUUCCGGCCACCGUGAUUCGAGCUAAAGUGGAACCAUCGGAGAAAUCGGUGGAGAUAAUGAGGAAGUUCUCGGAACAGUAUGCUCGUAAAUCCGGAACUUAUUUUUGUGUUGAUAAAGGAGUCACUUCUGUUGUCAUUAAGGGAUUGGCAGAACAUAAAGAUUCGUUGGGUGCACCUCUUUGCCCUUGUAGGCAUUACGAUGAUAAAGCAGCUGAGGCAGGGCAGGGCUUUUGGAAUUGUCCAUGUGUCCCCAUGAGAGAAAGGAAGGAGUGCCAUUGCAUGCUAUUUCUUACACCAGAUAAUGAUUUUGCUGGCAACGAACAGAAAAUCACCUUGGAAGAGAUCAAGGAAACAACAGCAAAUAUGUGAUGUCUUGUGUAUUGUAUUUUAUUUAUUCGAUGAGCUGUCUCUGUGUUUUUGGCCAAAAAAGUCACUUCACUCGUAUGCAUGUAUAUUAUGUGCUAUAUUCUAAUCAGAAAACAAAUCUGAUUUCUCACUAGUAAAAAACUGCUAUUUUUUUUGCUUCCA